CUCCUUUCCUCCUCUCACCCCCGACACUCAGAGGAGCUGGGAAAGCGAAAUAGAAGUGAAAGAGGAGCUGGUGGAUCAACAGGCAGUUGAAAAAAUGAGCGUCUCUCUGUUUGGCAAACUCAGAGCAGAAUGGGGUUGACUCUUGUUUUUCAGUCAAGGCGACUUUCUGUCAUCUGGAUGUUCUUCAGGAAACCUCUACUGGUGAUAUACUAAACAUGGCAGGUCUCCAAGCACAGAGCCAAGCGGAGCUGUGUGAAGAGGAUUAUCAACAAGAUCCAAAAAUGAAGAAACUUUCUGCCUGAUAGAGGAAAAGAAAUAUAAAUCCAACAAUCAUGAAUCCACAAUCUCUGGACCUUUCCAUCCAGAGUGCCCUGUCGGCCCUCUUCCCACCUUUUGAGGCUACGGCACCGAUCGUCCUCAGCCAGUUAUUUCGCACCAUCGAUGAACGUUACCAAGGCGAUGCUUUGCAAUGCCUGUUGGACUUCCUUAUCCCCUCCAAACACUUACUGGAGUCGGUGCAGCAGGCUGCAUGUUCUGGUUACUCUGAUGUGGUUUUCCGCUGCGAGGGCUGGCCUCUUUGUCUCCAUGACAAAACCGUCAUCCAGUUAGCCUCUGUGAACCCUUUGCUGUUGCGUCCUGGAGACUUUUAUCUCCAGGUGGAACCCUUUGGGGACCAAGCUGCACGGAUCGUCCUGAAAAGCCUUCUGGAGGAGGAGUGUCGAGAAGUUGAGGAGACCCCGAUCCCUGAGACGUCCUACCCCUGCCUCUUCACUGAGGAGUGGCUGCAGGAUAUCAACGAAGGACGCCAGGGGACUCCUCUAUCUCGUUGUCUUCUUUGCACAGACCAGGGUGUAAUCAAGUUGCCGUGGGCUGAAAUUGCUGUCCCUGAGUUUUUGGACAGGCCUAAGACUAAGUCCACCUGUAGGGAAACAGCACCUCAGUCAAAGAAGGCCUCCGCUUCUUCCCACUUCAACUCGUCCACCCUCCCAGUGGAAGCGGUUAUUCCUCCGCAAGAAUACAGGAUGUCAGCAUCCCUGAGACCUGCACACACAUCUUCCAAACUCAUCAAAAUGGACCGUGAAAGACAGUCCUCCAGAUCAGGGUCUAAACCACUAAACAAGCCAGUGGGUUGGGUUUCUCCCAACACCUGGGAGAGUCUUACCCAUCAGGAGAUGGAGGGGGAUUAUGUGGACCUGGUGGACCUUGCUAAAGGGAGGGAGUUUGUGGAUAAAGAAAUCCAACCUAAUUUAGUUUUGCCCAAGCCCGUGAGACCACCCCCACCCAUCCCACCUGGAAAAAACAGUCCCUGUGGACAAACCUGUGAAGAUGCAUGCAAGCCGUGCAGCCAAAAACAGCUUGAUCAAGAGUUAAUUGAUCUGGACUUAAAAUGUAGAUUCAGAGACUCGUAUGUAGCAGCAAUUAAAAACCCAGUUCCCUUUGAGAGGGGGGGGAUCAAACUGCUAGAUGCUUUGGAGGAGGUUGGACUGAGUGAAGAGGGUGUUGUAAGAUCUGGAGGGCCAUUUGAGGCUCAAAAAGAUCAUCAAGGUAACUUCUUUAACCACUGCAAAGAAACUGUGAAAAGCAAUGAUUCCUUGGAGAACGUUGGAUUUCACCGUCCAUCUAGCUAUGAAUCAGUAAACCUAACAAAGGAAUCUGAUGUGAUCUUGAAACCCUUCGCUGGAUUGAGCCACAGCGACACAAAACUAAUUUCUCACCAGUUAGAACACGGUCUUUGCAAGCAUCCUGGAUCAGAUGUGUCCAUGGCAACACCUGAGGGUGGUUUGAAGCUACGGCAGAAAGAGGAAGUUGUAAAACCAUCAGGAAAACAUAAAGUUAAAGUAAGAUCUUUGUCUGCCUUGUCAGACACCCCUACAGGGAGCCCUGCUCUGUACAAAAUCAACAACAGAAGCAACAGUGAUGUUUGCCCUGAAACAGUAACCAGCAUAAUACAGCAGGAAAAAAGUGCAUUAGGAGAUCAAGAGGCUGCAAAGAUGGAAAGAUUAAAGUGCUGGAAGAAAGAUUCAGAUUCAAGCCGAGUGGAGCUUCCAUUUAGCUUAAAUGGCCUGGGCUCAAAAAUUCUCAGUGGAAAGGUGGAAAAACAAUCUUCUGCAACAAGUCUUGACUGUCAGCAGGGCUUACAAACAGAAGAAACAUUCAGGAAGAUCAGCAGUCUCCUGGAAAUGGGCAUUAUUUGUUUACCAGGCAGCAGGGACAGGAACGGCAGGGCGGUGGUCGAGGUCCAUGGCGACAGGAAGGAGUGGAUGACCCCUCUUGUGUCUGCAGAGAGCAUUUGUGAAUUGCUGCUCUACUUACACUCCAUACCGAGGAAAGACGUCCGAGAGCUUGGAAUGACUCUGGUGAUUAAUGGCAGGAAGAAGCUUCCUCCGCUUCACCUCUACAAGGCACUACUAAUGGCACAGGAGCAAGCUCUCCACGCUGUCCACUGCAUUAUCAUAUUGAUCGACAAGGAUAGUUGUCCGCGGCCAGAGAAGCAGCCGGGUCUGCAGAUGGAUAUUGUUUCAUCGAUAAGAGCCCUCAACAAGACAGUGGAAGCUCCACAGCUAACAGCUGAGCUGGGAGGGACGUUUACUUACAAUCACAAGGACUGGAUGCAGUUCCAUCAGAAGCUUGUGCCUUUCAUGUCCAACCUGCGAGGAGCCAACAGCUUGUUGCAAAAGGCCAUCAAGAAAGUGGACAGCAGGAAACAGAUGGACUCUGCCCAGGAAGUUCAAGACAGCAUUCAGGAACAAAGAGUUCUAAUGAAGGAGGUUCUGGAAGAUACAAGACUGGUCACUCUGCAGAAGGAGGGAGGAACGUUACUGGCAAGGAUGAAGAAAGAGGAAUUCAGAUUUCCACAGUCUGAGGACUAUAGAGAUGCUUUGGAGUUAGCGACAAGUCUUUACAACCAAGUGGAGGAGAAGCUCCACAUGUUGGUGAUGAGAUCAAAUGAGUCACUGCAGCACCUGGAAGUCCUUCUUAAGCACAGAGAGCUGGAGGCCAAAAUUAUCUUGGAGGGAUUGUGGUUCAGCACAGAGGGAGAGCAGAUUCUCAAGAACUCUUAUGCAACAGAUGACACACUGGUGGGCAGGGAAAAGGCCUUGCAAGACUUUAAUCUGUUUCUACAUGAAUUUAAGGAUAAAGAGCAGCAUGCCAUGAGACUGGUCACAGAAGCAGCAGAGAUUGUUGGCAUCGGAAACUCAAGUCCUGCUGCUGAGAUUUUCCGGACCCUCGUUGGCACUUUCAAAUCUAAUGUAGAAGACUUCAGGUUGCGGGCAGAACAAAGGCAGAAAGACCUGGUUUCGAUGGUCCAUGUGUACAGAUUUUGUGAACAGGCAACAGCCUGGGCCAAAGAAUGCAGUAAAUUUCUGAUGCAGGUAGAAGAGGGUUGUUGUUCUGCUCAGGCUCUAAACACACUCCAAAUGCACAAGGAGAGAUUAGCUGGUGAGUUUUCUGCCCAGCAGUUCCAGGCUCUGAGAGUGAAGGCGUCCGCCAUGGGAGCAGAGGCCUCUGGGAUGCUGAGAGUAUGGAAUGCAGCCUGGGUUCAGAGCGAAGAAGUCAAGCAGCGCUUUGAGGAGUUCCAGAAAAAGUAUAAAGGAGUAGAUAAGAACCAGGCCCAGUCGACCACAGCUGCAAACACUCCAGGGGAGCACGAAGAAAUGGAGAGGGAGGGGAAAAGAAAUGAGCUGGGCGAAGCUAAGAGCUCACAGAGCUCUCACGCAGAGGGAGUCUGUGCUGCAAAUUGUCAAACAAACAUCAGCUCUGACUCUGAUUUUAAAAUUGAGAAAGACUCUCCUGAAACACAAUCUAAAAACUCAAACAAUACUCCUGUUUUGGCACCAACAGAAAGCAAAAGCAAGCCAAAAGAGCACCACAGGGUGGCAGAUUUGAGCGGAAAAGUCUCUGAAAAAAAGGAGGAUUUUCUUUCAAGGCAAACUUUGGGUCGGUCUCUGAGCGAGGGCUCACAUGAGAUGAGCAUCUCUGGCUUUUUGCCUCUAAGUCACAAACACUGUCAUAGCAGGAAACACUCCCUGGAUCAAAAUCUGCAGCCCACCCAAAAGCUGCACAUUUUCCAUCACGAGGACUCACAGACCGAGAACCUGAGCUGCGAAGAGAAAGAAAACUGUAAUCAUGGGGAGGGAAAAGACAGCACCAUCUCCACCCUGAGCCCUGAGGACUUAAAAACUGCAGAGACAUUACUCACUCCAGCAGAAAACAGUGACAGCAAAACUUUGAAAGUCCGGAAGAUUCUUGAGGAACUGCUGUCCACUGAGCGGGAGUAUGUCAGAGCUCUGGGAUAUGUCCGAGAGCACUACUUCCCAGAGCUGGAGAGAGCAGACGUCCCCCAGGACCUCCGGGGCCAGAGGGGCAGCAUUUUUGGGAACUUGGAAAAACUCCACGACUUUCACCGUCACUAUUUCUUGGAUGAGCUGGAGAGCUGCGUGAAGGAACCCUUCAGAGUGGGACGCUGCUUUUUACGUCAUAGAGAGAGUUUUGCUUUGUAUGCCCUUUACAGCAAAAAUAAACCCCAGUCGGACCAUCUUCUUAGCAGUCAUGGAAAAACCUUCUUUAAGCAAAAGCAGCUGCAGCUGGGGGAUAAAAUGGACUUAUGGUCCUACUUGCUGAAGCCUGUGCAGCGCAUCAGUAAGUACAGUUUGCUGCUGCAGGACGUGAUGCAGGAGUGUGGACCGGAUCAGACCAGAGAGGUCACCGAGAUCAAGGCAGCUCUGGAAGUCAUCCACUUCCAGCUUCGCCAUGGCAACAACCUGCUGGCCAUGGACGCUAUUCGCCAGUGUGAUGUGAAUCUGAAAGAACAGGGUCAGCUGAUACGCCAGGAUGAAUUCAUGGUAACAUUCAGGAAGAAGAAAUGUCUGCGACACAUUUUCCUCUUUCAAGACCUCAUUCUCUUCAGCAAGACAAAAAAGACGGACGUGGGAAAUGACACAUAUGUCUACAAACAGUCCUUUAAGACAUCUGAUAUCGGAAUGACGCAGAACAGUGGGGACAGCGGCUUGUGUUUUGAGAUCUGGUUCAGAAAGAGGAAAAGCCAGGACACAUACACACUGCAAGCUGCUAGUCGGGAAGUGAAAGAGGCCUGGACCAAAGACCUGGAGCGGAUCCUGUGGGAGCAGGCCAUACACAACAGGGAGGUCCGUAUGCAGGAGAGAGUGUUCCUGGGUAUUGGAAACAAGCCUUUUAUGGACAUCCAGCCCAGUGAAGCAGCUAUCAGUGACAGGGCCAUCAACUACGUCUUAGUAGGGAGAGAUACCAAAGUACCGUCCACUAUAGGGUCGUGCGGUUCACAGGGCGGGCUUUUGGAGGGACGUCCAAAAUCUGUUGGUUCAGGCAGCACUUCUUCUUCCUCCUCUUCCUCUGGACGGGGUUCCAUGUCCUCUGUUGGAUUUGCUGGGGGCCCAAAGCGAAGGGCGGUCUCAGGAGGACCUGUGGGAUACAUAUCUGCAUCUGGAGCUCUGGAAGAGGACGAUACAGAUCCUGAUUGUGGAAAUCAGAACUUAUUAUUGGACAGCUCUGAGUCGUCUGGGGAGAGCGUGAGUGGUUUCAGCAGUUGCAGUCACAGCUGCCGCUCUGCUGCAGGAGAAGCAGAGGAAAACUCUUCUGUCUGUGCCUCCAUCAUUACUAUGAAAGAGGUCGGGGCUUCUCAAGGAUCCGCCGUCAAAAACUCACCGGCAGAAGCAACCAAGGUGAAACUCAGACAGCAACAUCAGAACAAGGAGGUUCAAAGCACAAAUGCUGUGAAGUCCACAGAGGUCUGACCUGUGAGAUAUGGUACAGUACAAAGGAUCAAAAACCGAUUGAAGCUCAUCCAUCCAGAAGAAGCAGCGUUUCUGCUGCGUUACGUGUGUAUCAAAGUCAGAUCCAGGAGAUCACAUCAAGUUCGAAGUCAGAAAAGCAAAGAGAACUGCAAGUUGUCCUCAGUGAUCAAACUAAAUGCUAUUGAUAAAAAACUUAUUUCUCUGUAUUUUUGUUACUCAAGCACUGACGGAACACAUUUUAAAAUUCAUGUACCGGUAUAUCCCAUUGGUUCAAGAGAUACAGGCGAUUAGGUGCAAAUUAUUCAUUUAUUACUGCAGCUUUUAUUAUCUGUAAUGAAUGUAGCAGCCAUUUUGUAUUUGGUGUCUGUGUUGGUCGAGCAGCCAUAAGUAUUUGACUUAAAAGUUUAACUUUAGGUAAGAUUCCAGUUGUUUUUUAUUGUGCUGGAAGCCUGGAAAUUCUGGCUUCCUGGUCCAGCUGGAGCUCACUGUUGUUUCCAGCUGCUUUUAUAUUGUGUUUGUAAAUAGGUUUUUUGUUCUAUGUUUUUUACUUCAACACUAAAGCAAUCACUUAGAAAUGUGCCUAAACCAAUGAGGGUGAUAAUACAUAUUCAAAGCAUUGCUUUACAUGCAGUAAACCAUCCUGUUUUCUGGUUGCUCUAAAAGUUUUUUUUUUUUUUUUCCAGGUAUAGAUCAUAAAAAUAUUACAGUCUGGUCAUCAUAAUGCAGUGCUGAAAGUAAUUGCACAGUUGUUUAAAACAAGUAAUAGAAAUAUUUGAUAUUUAUGUCAUUAAAAUUAAAAUAUUAGCUGUUUAACACUUCAUAAUUGCAAAAUUUGUUUUUUUUGUUUCAUGCUUUUAUAAACUGCAUUACUUGUAGGUAGUAAAUAAUGAGAAACCUGCUGGCUUUUUGUAUCACAAACAAAUACUCACACAAUGUUUGUUUUUUUCAUUUUAUGUUUUUGUAAUAAAGUUAACAAGUUUACCUUAACUGAGCCUUUGUUUCUACCCUUAAAUAUGGAUUGAUCAGUUGAAGUGUAAUGAGAUCUUACAACAUUACACAGCAAAGCUUUCUCCUUUGUUUAGUAUUCUCUUAAGUUUCUCUUCCACACUGGCUUAAUGUGAUGAAAUAAUUCUAACCUACUGUUGCUCUCACUGUGAUUUAUUCCAAUUUAAAAGCUUUUACAAUCUAUUUGUAGUCCUUUACAGAAUAUAUAUUUAUAUAAAUGUAUGAGGGAUUGCAUUCGAGUCGAUGAGUCGAUGCAAUCAACUGGUUUUCCUCAGAGAGAAAACUUUUAAUCAGUUUGACUGUAUGAUCUGG